AUGGAUUGGGCCUCUCCAGCUGCUAAACUGAGUCAUUACUCUCGAAACCGUGCAUCCGAGGCCUGGCAGCAGCACGCCAUCGCUGUCCCUACAGGAGCUGAGAAUUCACUGAACUGUGCCGUGUAUGGGAUCGUACUGCAGCCGGAUGCUACGUCGCUGCAGCAGCAGGGCCAGCAUGGUCCACACAGCCAGCAGCAGCAGCAGCACCCUCCUCAGAACCAGCAGACUCCCCUGCAGGAUGAAGCAGACAGAGUGCACAAAUGUGGGUCUUGUGGACACAACCUCUCCCACCUUGCAAACCCCCUUGAGCACCAGUGCAUGAUGAGUCAGGACAGGUCGUUCCAGUGCACCCAGUGUCUGAAGAUCUUCCACCAGGCCACGGACCUGCUGGAGCACCAGUGCGUUCAGGUGGAGCAGAAGCCGUUUGUGUGCGGGGUGUGCAAGAUGGGUUUCUCCCUGCUCACCUCUCUGGCCCAGCACCACACGUCCCACAACAGCAGCAACCCCAUGAAGUGUUCGAUAUGCGAGAAGACGUACCGGCCCGGUUCGUCUGAGAACACAACACCCACAUCCUCGAACAGUUCCCAACCUUCCAGCAGCGACUCGGCGUCAGGCAGCAGCAGCUCAUCCAGUUUGCCUUUUCCCUCGGCCCGGGACCGGCCGUACAAAUGUUCUGUGUGCCAGAAAGGAUUCAAACACUUGUCGGAGCUCACUCGGCAUGAGCGGGUCCACACGGGAGAGAAGCCGUUCAAAUGUGAAACGUGCGACAAGGCCUUCAGCCAGUCGUCCCACUUGCAGCACCACCAGAGGACACACAGCAACGAGCGGCCCUUCAAAUGCGCGGUGUGCGACAAAAGCUUCAAGCACCGCUCCCACCUCGUGCGCCACAUGUACGUGCACUCUGGCGAGCACCUGUUCAAAUGCAACCUGUGCGAGCUUCACUUCAAGGAGUCGUCGGAACUGCUUCACCACCCCUGCCACCCGCAGGGCUCGCGCCCAUUCCGCUGCGCCACGUGCGGCAAGGGCUUCAAGCGUCCAUCCGAUCUGCGGCAGCACGAGCGCACGCACUCAGAGGAGCGCCCCUUCCACUGCGACGAGUGUCAGAUGAGCUUCAGGCAGCAGUACGCCCUCGUGCGCCACAGACGCACGCACAAAGACCCCACCGACCGACCCUUCAAGUGCAGCUUGUGCGACAAAGGCUUCAUGCAGCCUUCCCACCUCCUCUACCACCAGCACGUGCACGGCAUGGACAACCUGUUCAAGUGCGCCUCCUGCCAGAAGGAGUUCAGUCAGUCGGGGGAGCUGCUCAGACACAAGUGCGGCGAGUCGUCCAACACGUCCCCCGACAAGCCAUACAGGUGCGACGUCUGCGGCAAGGGAUACAAGAAGAGCGCCACUCUGCAGCGCCACCAGAACUCCCACUGCCAGGAGAAGCCUCUGAAGUGCUCGCUGUGCGACCGCCGGUUCGUGUCCUCGUCGGAGUUCGUCCAGCACCGCUGCGACCCGUCGAGGGAGAAGCCCCUGAAGUGCUCCGACUGCGAGAAGCGUUUCAAGUACACGUCAGACCUGAACCGGCAUCGGCGCGUGCACACGGGCGAGAAACCCUAUAAAUGUGAGCACUGCAACAAGUGCUUCAAGCAGCGCGAGCACUUAACCAAACACCUGAGCACGCACUCCAGAGAGGGACAGUUCAAGUGUGUUUGGUGCGGGGAGCGCUUCAGUGACUUGGGCUCUUUGCAGGAUCACACUGUGCAGCACACGUCUGAAGGAAGCGCAUACAGUGUGCCGCAUUGCAUUUGACUCUUGUUUUUACUGAACAGACAGAAGCCUCAACCCUCUGCCCUCCUUCAGCCUGUGUACUAAUCCUGACAUCACUCUCAUUCUGGGAGGUUCUGUAUGGAGCACUUUUUGUGCCAUCAAGUUGAGCGCACAGUGAGAAUGGCGAGCGUGUGUAUAUUAGGCUGAGGAAACAGAAACGGGUCUCAUGCAGGCUCAACGUCUCCUGUUUGCUCUUGAGAGUUGACACGGUAUGGCAGGUUGUUUUACCACAUAAUCAAAUCCCACUCUCGAUUUUCAGUUUCAGUAACAGCAUUUCCCCUGGGCACACUAACAUUCAUGAGAUGAGUGUAAUUUAAUUAUAUGUUAAAACAGCCUGCCAUAAAAGUGCUGAGGCGAGCAAGCAGCAGAGAUGAGCCUAAAUAUGUGAGUUCAUGAUGCAGGAAUGACACAUUAUUCUUUGCUCAGCUUAAUGUGCACACGCACAUCAGUCUCAGCUCGCUAAACUCGAUGGCACAAAUAAUCUUCCUUAUUUCUGAGCUGGUAUUUUGAAUGUUGAACUCAAUCCUCUGUGCUGCAUCUGCUUUUUUGUUGCUUAGCUGUUUAGCCAUCAUCUCUUGGUUUGUCGCUCAGAUGGAAACACUGGGUCCAGUUGAAUACGGUAGUCAAGAAAACUUCCUGUUGUCCAUAUCUGAGCCCAAGUCUUUGAUCGUACAUGAAAACGUCAGAAGAUUGAGGAAAGGUGUUAAAAACAGCCCAGCCAUGAGAAUCUGAACACACUAAUCUGAGAUGUUGAAACAUUCAACAAAAAUAAUACGGUAGUUUGAUUAUUCUGUAUUUAUCAGAGACUUUAUUAUAUUUGUAAAAAAAAAAAAUACAUAUAAUGUAAAUCAAAAAGGUUUUCAACUCAAAAAUGUAAA